AUGAAUAGUAAUACACCAGCCUGGGGCUGGGCUCAUGGACCCUCCUCUUUCUCCUCUUUCCUGACAGACUCUACCUCCCUUGACCUUGAGUCCCGGCCCGUUCACACUGCACCUCUAGCCACACACCCAGCAGGGGUAGCAGAGACUCAGGAAGCCCCAGAACAGCCUGACACGAGUCCUGUUUCUGGUCGGAAGAAAUCAAAAGGCGUGGCGACACGGCUGAGUCGCCGGCGGGUGUCAUGCCGGGAGCUGGGCCAGCCAGACUGCGACGGCUGGCUUCUGCUGCGCAAGGUGCCGGGUGGCUUCAUGGGCCCUCGCUGGCGCCGCUGCUGGUUUGUGCUCAAGAGACACACGCUUUACUGGUACCGCCAGCCCCAGGAUGAGAAGGCUGAGGGCCUCAUCAAUGUUUCCAACUACAGUCUGGAAAGUGGGCAGGAUCAGAAGAAAAAAUAUGUGUUCCAGCUCACGCAUGACGUGUACAAACCCUUCAUUUUUGCUGCUGAUACCCUGGAGGACCUGAGCAUGUGGGUACGCCAUCUCAUUACCUGCAUUUCCAAGUACCAGUCUCCAGGCCGGGCCUCCCUGCCCCGAGAGGAAGACUGCUACAGUGAGACAGAAGCAGAAGACCCUGACGAUGAGGCUGGGUCCCGCUCAGCCUCGCCCAGCCCAGCCCAAGUGUGGAGUCCACUCCAUGGAGACACAUCACCUGCAGCCACCCCCACCCAGGGCAGCCCACGGACUUCCUUUGGCCUGCCAUCAGACAGCAGCGAAGGGGCGCUGGAGGGAAUGGUGCAGGGGCUGAGGCAGGGGGGCGUGUCCCUCCUGGGCCAGCUGCAGCCCUUCACUCAUGAACAGUGGCGGAGCUCUUUCAUGAGGCGCAACCGAGACCCCCAGCUCAAUGAGCGAGUGCACCGCGUGCGUGCGCUGCAGAGCACACUCAAGGCAAAGCUGCAGGAGCUGCAGGCCUUGGAGGAAGUACUCGGUGACCCAGAGCUGACAGGAGAGAAGUUCCGGCAGUGGAAGGAGCAGAACCAAGAGCUCUACUCAGAGGGCCUGGGAGGCUGGGGAGUGGUGCAGUCUGAGGGCCACUCCCAAGUCCCCAGCUCUGACUCCAGAGAACAGUCUUCCCACCCCCUGGCCUCUGACCCUGAGGAGCAGUCCCAUCUCUGCCCCCUGACCCCAGAGAGCAACCUCCGACCUCCUGACCUCUGACCUUGGUCCAUACCCUGGAUCCUGACCUCUGGCCUUGAGGACCACCUCAGCCCCCAAGUCCUGACAUGUCCAAGACAGAGCAUCCCCGGGUUCUGUUCAAGGUUGGAAGUAGUCCGUGUGUCACCCCCAGAGGCCCCCCUUUGCCCACGUGUCCACCAUUUCUGCUCCUCUCUCCCUUGGAGUGGGUCGAAACGAAGUGCACUCCAUGCCAUCCUCUCUCUUGCCAAUGAAGGAGUGGCAAGCUGGGCUGAAAUUCUCUCCCCCUUCAUCCUCCCACCUGUGGGGCACAAACCUGUCCCCUUCCAUCUCUGGCCCUUCUCC